AUGUGGCUGUCGACGCCACUGCAAGUCCUAGACCGGCUAGGCGUGCGGGGACUGUUCACAUCAUCUCCUUGCUACCGCUCCAGGUCGUGUUGGGGAAAUGGGAAGCGGAGAGCGAUCCGACCACUUCUCCCAGAAGGUGUCGACCCCAGAGGGCGGCACCACUGCGGUCCCAAGCAAUACAUCGGCAAGACACCGGAGCAGAUUGUGGAGCAGUUCAAGGACCCUGCGACCUUUCCGUGGUAUCAGGUUCCCGAGCCGUUGAGGCAACGCCGCUUUGAGGUGCUCUGGCAGAUGGCUCACCGCUGCGGCUAUCGCUCUGCACUGGAGGCGGUCAAGCUUCUCACCAAUCCCGCUCACGAUGGGCGUCCGGAGGCCUCCUGGAUCGGCAAGCACAUCGACU